AAUUAAAAAACAAAUAUUUUGGGCAGAGUGAUUGUAGCCGCGGUAUCUCAGCGAGGCGUUCACAUCUCGAGGACUCCUGUUGUCUAUUGCGGUCUAGGCGAGCAAGAUCGUCGUCGACCGGGGCUACACCCGCAUCCCGCUAUUAGCGCGGCACGUGGAUUGGAUCGCCGUUUCGUAUAAUAUGUACUGUUUUCAUGACUUUCAGAUAAUAAUGGACACUUCGUUAUGUUUUAUUGAGAGGGAUGAAUGGGAUGCGGAGCCGCCUUUGGAACCUCUAACAAAAAUGAAGCUGCUAGUAUCAUAUGUAUAUAAUUAUUAAUCACACUGUGACAGCAUUCUGUACCACGCCAUCAGAUUGUGCAUUUCAAGUGAGAUUUGUUCAGUAUACGCAUUUCAAAGGUUACAAUUUUUCGAAUAUCGGCUAUAAUUUUUUCGUCGGAGGUGACGGCUUCGCAUGUGUUGGCAGAAAUUGGUUGGCGACUACGUCGGUGCCCAUGCCUGUGGUUAUAACAGCAGAAGUAUUGGCAUUUCCUUCAUCGGUAUUUUUAGUUCAGUUGUACCGCCGAAACUACAAUUACGUGCCGCGCAAAAGAUCAUAGAGCUCGGCGUCAAAGCCGGAAAGAUCGCGCCUGACUAUAAACUGUUAGGUCACCGACAAGUUUUGAACACUAAGAGUCAUGGAGAUGCCUUAUAUAAUGAAAUUACAUAAAGGCAAUUAUAUAAAGUGGCCUCAUUGUCAUCCGAGCCCUGACUAGAUAGCUUGAAAAUUUAACUUGUGA